AUGGUCUCACAAAGAGGCUGGAUAGCGGAUCGCUUGAGAUCAGGGCAUGAGUUCAAGAUCGGGGAUGACAUCUGGAUGCUUUCUGGGAGCCCGAUUAAGGAAUCACAAUACACAUACUUCUCGAGAGCGGUCUUCGAAUGCAAGAUUGUGCACAAGAGAGAAGGGAUUCCAUCUCAUGCAAUCGUUAAGAUCUGGAUGCAAACCCAAAAGAUUGCACCUCUCGAUCCACGUCAUAGACGCAAUUCCCAUGAUAGUGGCGAUUCGUCUCAUGGCAGCGAUUCACCUCCUUCUAAUAGCGACUCACCUCCUCUUGGUAGCGAUCCGGAUGCCGGUAGCAACUCGGAUUUCGUUUUCAAACAAGAUUGGGACAGGGAGCUGGAAUGUCUGAAUAUAAUGAAGAAGGGCUACGAUGAAAUGAAAGCCGCCGCAGUCAAAGAAAAGGUGGAACUACUAUCCAAACCUUUUCCGCACGCCAUUGGAUUGGCCGUUGAAAAGCAGGAACAAAAUUUUCCCGUUCAAGGAGGUUAUCUGGUCUAUCUGGUUAUGGAAAAAUUGCCAGGUGAUUGCAUAACAGAGUAUGAAUUUUGGCAGUGGACGAAAAGCGAACGUGACGAUUUUCGACGGGCUUUCGAACAAUCAGCACAAUUGAUCGAGAAACUUGGUGUUGAGAACAUCGACAAAGCAAUGAGAAACCUACUAUGGGAUAAACAAAACAAUAAAUGUUACUUGAUCGACUGGGAAAAUUGGACAACAUGUAAUCCCGACGACCCUUACCCCCUUCCAGAUUUGCAAUGUCAAUACGACAUGAUCCGAGAUUUAGGGCCGAGAAUGGGACAAGACCGUUGGGAUACAGAUUAA